UGAGAGCUGGUCACCUUAACGACGCCAUGUCGCUGUUUGCAUGAAAAUUUUUUUGUGACCAAAAGUUAUUGAAAUAAAUUAUUUAAUAAAACUUAAAUAUAAUUUGCAUAAAGCAGAGUUUACUGCACAAGUGUACAUACGCAUUAAAGAUGGCGCUGCAGACAUACGGUGAUAAGCCAGUGGCAUUCCAACUGGAAGAGGGCGGCGAGUACUAUUAUGUGGGCUCGGAGGUGGGCAAUUAUAUGCGGCACUUCCGUGGCAUCCUCUAUAAAAAGUAUCCGGGUAUGACCCGUAUUGUUCUCUCCAAUGAGGAGAGGAAGCGUCUUGCCGAUUCUGGCCUCAGUUCACACAUAUUGGCAAGUUCGGUGUCGCUACUCCGCGCCGUAGAAGUUGAUGACAUUAUGGCCGGCAAUGAUGAGAAAUAUCGCGCAGUGUCGGUAAACACUUCGGAUACACCAGUACCGCGGGAGAGCAAAUCAAAGAAGCAGCCUCAAUAUGUACCAACAAUGCCAAACUCAAGCCACCUUGAUGCAGUGCCUCAGGCAACGCCUAUCAAUCGCAAUCGGGUGCACACUAAAAAGGUGCGGACAUUUCCCAUGUGUUUUGACGACACAGACCCAACCGCGAGUCUGGAGAACGCAGCACAGAAGGAGUGCCUAGUGCCCAUACGUUUGGAUAUGGAACUUGAGGGGCAAAAGUUACGUGAUACUUUCACAUGGAACAAAAAUGAGAGCAUGAUAACACCUGAACAGUUCGCCGAAGUUCUGUGCGAUGAUCUCGAUUUGAAUCCCCUGCCAUUCGUUCCAGCCAUUGCACAGGCUAUACGCCAGCAAAUCGAAGCGUUUCCCAAUGAUCCGCCCAUACUGGAAGAGAGCUGUGACCAACGCGUUAUAGUCAAACUCAACAUUCACGUGGGAAACACAUCGCUUGUUGACCAAGUCGAAUGGGACAUGUCAGAGAAAAAUAAUAAUCCCGAAGAGUUUGCCAUCAAGCUGUGCGCCGAAUUGGGACUGGGCGGGGAAUUCGUUACGGCGAUUGCGUAUAGCAUACGGGGUCAACUAUCAUGGCAUUGUCGGACCUAUGCGUUUAGCGAGGCUCCAUUGUCCACAAUCGAUGUGCCCUUUCGCAAUCCGAGCGAUGCGGAUGCAUGGGCACCAUUCCUAGAGACGCUAACCGAUGCCGAAAUGGAAAAGAAAAUACGUGACCAGGAUCGAAAUACUCGACGCAUGCGACGUUUGGCCAAUACAACAACGGGCUGGUAGUCGAAACGGAUUGUUCCUGUCACCCCAUUAUUUAUCAAUGCACACGGCUAAGAGUUGGAAAAAAGUCAUUAGAUUUGUCAACUAAGUUUUCAUAUUUCAUUAAAGCGCAUUCAGCGUUUUUCAAGUCCAUAAAUACUUUUAGUGGCACAUCCAAUUAUGUCUCAAUCAAUUGAGUUGACAAUUUUCCAGCUCUAAUAAUAGUGAUUAUAAACAAAUCAAAUAAUAUCCGCGCUGUAGAAUACUUAUAAUGUUUUAAGUUGCCGGCAUUUAAUGUAUUUAGUUAUCUUAUAAUUAUUUUCGACAAAUUUAUAAUCACUAUUAAGGAUUCGUGUAAAUUGUUGCAUGGUACAAACUGCGUUCAGCAUUGUCCAGUUUUGGUCGGCAAUAUAUACAUAUAAUAAAUACAUGUCUGUCUAUUUUAAAGCCAAA